UGGUGUUUUUAUUCUUGCAGAUUGAAAGCACUUGGGAGAGUAAUUGGGAAAAAAGGACUCAGUGUAUCCGGGAUUCACUGUGCAAGCCAGCCUCUGAGGCUUGGUGAGCUGCAGGGAAAUCACUUUGAUAUCAUAGUGAGAAAUUUGAAGUUCCAGAAUAAUGACUGUUCCACCAGCUUAAAACAGAGGAUUUGUGAAGCAAUUGAGAAUGUUAAGAAAAAUGGUUUUAUAAAUUACUAUGGACCUCAACGAUUUGGCCUAGGACAGAAUAUUCAGACGGAUCAAAUUGGAUUAGCUUUGCUGAAUGAAGAGCUGGUCAAAGCUGUAAAGUUGUUUUUUACACCAGAGGAUUCAGAUGAUCCUGUCAAUAAGGCAAAGAAAUACUUCAUUGAGACAGAGGAUGCAAAAAGUACCCUUGCAAUGCUUCCUGACUUUAAAGUAAGAGAGAAGAUGCUACUGCGUGCUUUGCACCGCUAUGGUAUAAAUCAUGAGGGAUGUACACGAGGAUGGCUGAGCAUUCCACACUCCAUGCGUAUUUUCUACGUUCAUGCAUAUUGCAGUAAAAUCUGGAAUGAAGCUGUGUCCUAUCGGGUUAAGAUCUACGGUACAAGAGUUGUGGCUGGUGAUCUAAUCUUUUCUACAGAAUGCACUGAAAGCUGUUUACUAAAUGAUAAGGUACAUGUGGUAACGUCUGCAGAAGAAAUAGCCAAUAGAUAUGCAAUAAACCAAGUUGUUCUCCCAAUGGCUGGUUACAGUGUCCAUUAUCCCACCAAUAAAGUUGGAGAGUGGUAUCAGGAAAGGCUGGCCAGAGACCAGCUUCAGAUGUCCCAGUUCCGACUUCCGGCUUUACAGUUGAACGUGCCUGGCUGCUAUCGGCAUAUUCUCAAGUACCCUCACGACAUGUCCUACCAUUUCUUAAAUGGCAAUGGAGAAAAAGUAGGAACUGGAGAUGGCCCCUUACAGGAUUCAGAAACAUCUCUGUGUAUGUCCUUUCGGCUUGAUCCGUCAUGUUAUGCAACUAUUUGUUUGCGAGAAAUUAUGAAGUGUGAUCUUUAAAAAGAGGUUUAACUCCACUUUACAGGAAUAUGGGACACUAACUAAAGAGGCACAGUUCUACAGGAAAAAGGUGCUGAAAGGAAUGGUUUGAAAUUUAUUUGAUUAAUGUAACUGCUACUUGCUUUUGGAUAAGGAGAAGUAGAGGUUAGUAGGCUUAAGAGAGACUAAGGGUACAUGCAGCUCUGCCAGUCCAAGUAGAUAGUUGCAACAUUAUGGUUGUUUCCUUCUUAUCAGACAUUUUCCUGGUAAAGGCACAGGAUGUUGGGAGACCCAGAAGGGUUGCAAAUACUAGACAAAACCUUGACACACAUAUAUAUACAUAAAAUUCUAUGUUUGAGACAGGGUGCUUGUAAAACAAAGGCCUCAUCUGGAAGCAUUCUCAUUUGCAAAUCUCUGCACAUUUGCCUGGGACAUCAUCCAUUAAAUUUAUUGGUCCCUGUGAGUAAAUGUGAAUCAAAUAGCACUGUAAACAAGUGGCCGCCUCAAACCACUGUGGAACUGCAAUGCUAUAACUGCUGACUUCGGUAUCUGUACACUACAAAGCAGCCAGCAACACAACCAGGAGAUGUCAAGAAAAAUGUCCACUAAAAAGAAAUCAACUCCAGCCGCCAAUGAAAAAUGCUUCCUGUGAAAUCUACACUUUUUGCAAGACACCACCAAAGCAGUAGAGUUAACGCCAGAUGUAUUUCAAGAGGCAAAGUAUUUCACAAAGUGCCUGCUGUGAACAGAGCUGGGGAAGAUGGUUCUUCUGGAAUACAGCUACUGUGUGUGGAUACUAGGAUGUGUAGUCCAAGAGAGUAGCCUUUCCUAGCUCCAGUCACAGAAAAGGCAGAACUCCCCACCGUUACAAGUUUGGCUUUUGUCAGACACAGUAGAUGAUAAAGCAGUUCCCUAGUUGAUCAGAGGGAGAACAACAGGAAGGUUGGCUGCAUGUGUUGCGUUUUGUCUACAGGUGGUGCUGUGACUUUGCAGGAGUUAUAAACAGAAGGCAACAGGGAUAUAAUGGUUUAUGCUGUUUGGUAUGAAUAUAUAUUAGGUCUGUCCCUGAGAUGAUAGUUCUUAAAGGAUAUAGGUUUCCUGGACUGCCCAAAGUGAGCUCUUGGAAAACCCUUUCCUUUCUAUCAAGUACGUCAGAGUGUUGUGUGUUGUCUUAGAGAUUGUCUGUACAGAUAAUGAAUGGAGGUGGGGGGGGAAUACUGUUAGAAAGAGCAUCUUUUUCUGAAUCUUAACAGCUUCAAAAAUGAAGGUUUCUGAUGUUUCAAAUGAGAAAGACAGAGAAGUUGUCGAUUUCUCCUUGGAAGAUGAUGGCCUUGAUGAAUAUUGUAGUUAAAGUACUGCCUUAACGUGUAUGUUAAAAGAGCUUGUGAAUAUACCAUCCGAUUGAUGGUAUAUUCUGUAUAUACUGUAAGUUUAAGCGAGCAAUAUCUUCAUCCUUGUUGUUGUUGUUUUAAGUCAUUGAAAAGGGAAACUUUGGAGCAAGAUCAAAGGGCGCAAUCAAACGAAUGGCUUUACAACAUUUGCUAUUUCUUUCUCUGGAAACAACAGUGUUUGUAAGCAAAAAUGCUGUAUCACAUUAAGUCUUGGAAAAUAAAUUGAGCUGAUUUUAUGUAUACUUCUCGGCCAUUUAAACUUCA